AUGGCGCUCAGCUUGAGAACCAGUCGACAUGCUUCGCAAUUAGCUCGGGUGUCGCGCCCGCUCCUCUCGGCCCGACGCUAUGCGACCGCCGAGCCGGACCUGAAAACUACCCUGAAGGAUGUCAUCCCAGCCAAGCGGGAGCUGCUUAAGCAAGUCAAAGCUCAGAGCGAUCAAGUGAUCGGUGAAGUCACAGUGGGCAAUGCAAUUGGUGGCAUGCGAGGCCUUAAGGCCAUGUUGUGGGAGGGUUCCGUACUAGACGCCAACGAGGGUAUCCGCUUUCAUGGAAAGACGAUCAAAGACUGCCAGAAGGAGCUGCCCAAGGGCACCUCAGGAACCGAGAUGCUUCCAGAGGCUAUGUUCUGGCUGCUUCUCACGGGCCAGGUUCCAUCAACCGCCCAAGUGCGCGCGUUCUCCAAGGAGCUCGCCGAGAAGUCCCACCUGCCCCCUCACAUUCUCGACUUGGUCAAGUCUUUCCCCAAGUCCAUGCACCCCAUGACUCAGCUAUCCAUCGCAGUCGCUGCUCUUAACACCGAGUCUAAGUUUGCUCAAGCUUACGAAAAGGGUCUCAAUAAGGCUGAGUACUGGGAGCCUACGUUCGAUGACUGCAUUUCGCUGCUCGCUAAAAUCCCCCGCGUGGCUGCCCUUGUCUUCCGUCCAAAUGAGAUUGACCUUGUAGGAAACCAGAAGCUAGAUGUGGCUCAGGAUUGGUCUUAUAACUUCGCCGAGCUUCUCGGCAAGGGCGGCCAGGAGAACCAGGACUUCCACGAUCUUCUUCGUCUGUACAUGGCCCUGCACGGAGAUCACGAGGGUGGUAACGUCUCUGCGCAUGCCACUCACCUGGUUGGAAGUGCGCUGAGCGACCCUUUCCUUAGCUACAGUGCCGGUCUUCUGGGUCUAGCUGGUCCGCUACAUGGUCUCGCUGCUCAGGAAGUUCUGCGCUGGAUUUUGGCAAUGCAGGAUCAAAUUGGUACCAAGUUUACUGAGGAAGAUGUCCGUACUUACCUGUGGAACACGCUGAAGUCUGGCCGCGUUGUCCCAGGGUAUGGACAUGGUGUUCUUCGCAAGCCUGAUCCUCGUUUCGAAGCCUUGAUGGAUUUCGCUGAUACCCGCCCCGAUGUCCUUGCCAACCCGGUGUUCCAACUAGUCAAGAAGAACUCUGAAAUCGCACCUGGCGUUCUCACGGAGCAUGGAAAGACCAAGAACCCUCACCCCAAUGUCGAUGCUGCUUCUGGUGUUCUGUUCCACCACUAUGGCUUCCAGCAACCCCUGUACUACACAGUCACCUUCGGUGUCAGUCGUGCCAUCGGACCUCUCGUCCAGCUCAUCUGGGAUCGUGCCUUGGGCAUGCCUAUCGAGCGUCCUAAGAGCAUCAACCUGCUGGGUCUGCUUAAGAAAUAA